AUGGAUCAAGAUAUUGUCAAUGCUAUGGGAUUUCUUGCUCUUACAAAGCAAAGAUUACAAAAUAUAAGGGAUAAUGAAUUCGAAUCAUUAAUGGAUGAUGUCUCUUCCUUUUGUGAUAAACAUGAUAUAGUCAUUCUGGAGAUGAAUGCUAGCUACUUUCCUGGAAAGUCAAAGCGUAAAGCUCUUAAUGUUACAUAUUCUCAUCAUUUGCGUGUUGAAAUAUUUUAUGUUGUUAUUGAUUUGCAUCUUCAAGAGCUUAAUAAUCGUUUUGAUGCUGUGAGUACUGACUUACUUCUCGGUAUGGCUAGUUUGAAUCCAGUUAAUUCAUUCGGUAGUUUUUAUAAAGGCAAUAUAAUGAGGUUGGCUGAAUAUUAUAUGAAUGAGUUUGACAGUAACAAGCUUCGGGAUCUCAGUUUUCAGCUUGAUAGCUUUAUAGUUUAUGCUCGUGGUUCUGAUGAGAGGUUCUUCAACUUGAAGGGAAUUAGUGAUCUUGCUAAAGUAUUGAUCAAGUCAGAUCUACAUCAAACUUGGCCACUUGUUUAUUUACUUAUCAAGUUGACUCUCAUUCUUCCCGUUGCUACUGCUUCUGUGGAACGAGCUUUCUCAUCCAUGAAGUACAUUAAAAAUGAACUCCGUAAUAGUAUUGGUGAUGAAUUUUUGAAUGGUUGUUUAGUUUGCUAUGUAGAGCGUAAGAUAUUUGCAAAUGUAAGUAAUGAUGCAAUUAUUUAUCGUUUUAAACAUAUGAAAAGUCGUCGAGCACAAUUCUGA